ACUAAUGAAUGCACAGAAAAGCCCCUCUCAGCAGCAGCAGCAUCACAGCACAGGGAGCUCCAGAGCCGCCCCCUCCCUCACGUUAGGACUGUGACUCCAGCACAAAGAGCUGCAUCAUUUCCAUGCACGGAGCACAGGAUCCCACAUCGCCUACUACAGACGUCAGCAGUGUGUGCUGAGCCCUAGCCCACUUCUCUGGCACAUACAGAUGGGGGUAAGGGGGCAGGUUCCCUGGGACAAGUCUGUGCAUGGGGAUGAGCUGGGGAUAUUUAGGGCUUUACUGGGGUUGGAAUCAUCAUCAUUGGUAGGGAAGCUGCAGGCAGGUGAGCAGCUUCUGCUUCUCUAUCCAGGCAUCAUUGAAGGGGGGACCUUCCUCUGUGCCUAAGGCUGGUGUUACCUUCCAGCCCGACUGCUUGCCAGAGAUCUGAUUCUAUUGAGAUCUGUGCUACCUACUGUGCAUCCAGCCCUCUUCUUGUAAGGAGGUCUGGUCUUCCUACUGAUCCCUCCCUCAUUUCAUAUUAAUUCAACUCUCGGAGUGCCUUGAUCCAUACAGCUGCUGUAUCAGUGAGGAGACUAUGGGCUGUGGUGGGAGCAGGGCUGAUGCCAUUGAGCCCCGGUACUAUGAAAGCUGGACUAGAGAGACAGAGUCUACUUGGCUGACUAGUACGGACACUGAGAACCCCCAGGCUGGCUUGGGACACCCCUGUCAGGAGGACCAUGGCACUACAGAAUCUGGAAUACGAGACAAGAGAGGCUCUAUCCAUCCUGGUAUUUUGGAAGAUGGAAAAUCAACGCAAACUUGUGUAACCAUGACAUCUUCUGGCAAAGAUGGACUAAAGAAAACCAAUUCAGGCACUCAGUGCGGAAAACCAACAGUUUAUGCUGCAGGAACCAAGGGCCAGAAACAAAAGAGUCGGUCUCUGGAGUCCAAAAGGGAAAGCAAAAGAACGUCCAAAAAAGAAGUCACCAUCAAUGUAUCCAAAAGCAUAAGACCCAUGGACAGCGAUGGACGCAUCACAGAAAACUGUGUUAAUUAGCGCUGAAUGUCACAAGCAGCGACCUACAAACAAGAGGAGCACUUUAAUGGAAGCACCCAGUUACACAUGGAAGUUGGUCUCUUGAGUUUGUGAAAUGAGAUGAACUAGAAUAAGUCAAGUGACUGUGGAACAGGGGGUUAUGAAGGUCAAGCAAAACCCUAACUUGUACUUGAAUGUCUUGGCAAUGACUUAUUACCAAGUAGUUGUGGCAGAGAACAUAUAUAAAAGAAUGGACACAUUGGACUAACAAUGUGCUGAAAAAUAAACAUUGAAACACCUUCUUGUAGGAUUCAGUUCUAAGCUGAGAAUAGGUUGAAGAUGAAUUAAACAGAGUACAAGUCUAUUUAAACAACAGUGAAAUGUUUUAAGGUAUUUGGCAGUUUCAAGGAGUUCCUUGUAUAGUGAUAGAACUCCCUCAUCUAGUGGCUGUAUCUGUCUCCGUGGCUUAGACGCUGCAUGCAUAAUUGACAUCUCUUUCCAGCUAAACGCUAAGCCCAAACAAUCGGCAAGCAGGUAGCAAACGUCAGCAACUGAUCUUCUCUAUUUACUGCUUGGCCUGUGUGCAAAGUGUGCCUGUGUGUAGGCGCAUCAGGGCCUUUCAUUGCAUGUAGCACUUCAAUAGCUUCCUGGAUUCAGUUUAUUUGAACUGCCGAGGCUGAACAUAUCUCAACAAGUUGCCUUAGUAAUCAUUAGGGCUAGUAGGUUAAAUGAGAUCAGUGGUGUCAUUUCCCUUGUUAUCAGUUUAUAAAGGUGAGAGGCAGCUUAUGCCACUCAAUCUGUUGGGAACUAAAGCUUCUUAUCUGUGAAGCCGUUGUUGUUGUUAUUUAACAGUGAAGUGUGGCACCGGUUGGCUGUCCCUGGUAAGGGUGCUUGUCGACAAAUAAGUCCUUCCUUAGUAUGAUAAAUAAUCCACUUUAUAUUUUAUCACAAUGGGGACCAGGUAGCGAUAUGGUGGUAGAAACCAUUGAUUUAGACUAUCAUUAAAUGAAUUGUAUAAAAAUAAAAACUGGGUAAAUGGAUAGGCUGUG